UGCCAGUAUUCGCCACGAAUUUGAAGUGCAUGCAGUGAAGAUGGCCAUGCUCAGAUGUUUGAAAUGCAGCUUGGUUGUGGUUACCCUUCCACCGUUGCUUGCCGUCGGUGUCAUCAUUGCUGGAAUCGGGGCCUGGGCAACUGCCCGACAGCCAACAUUCUUCGUACUUGGAGAGGACAACAGGUUAUCCCCGGUACCUUGUUUCGGCGUCUUCCUCUUUGGCGCCGCGGUGGUGAUUUUGGUGUUUGUAGGAUGUUGUGGGGUCAUCAGUGGAAGCAGAUCUAUGCUGCGCGUAUACACAGCCUGUGUGGCAGCACUUCUUAUGGCCUUGUCUGUUAUGGCGAUUCUGUCCAACAGAAAACUUUACAUCUAUUGCCAUGACAUCCCGUGGCCGGCUUUCUCCAGCGCUGUACUGAUUGUAACGUUCUUUCUGAAUUAUCUCGAGAACAAGAAGAAAGAAACACGGCGGAACAAGCUCAAUCAUGUCAAUGAACAACUGUCGAAAAUGUACGGACCCAUUUCAGGCUACAGGCUGGCCAACCGUAAGAGCUACUUGAAGGCUAUUGGCGGGUAUAAAAACCUCCGUGAAUAUUUGAGCGUUGCGGAGUCUAAAUGGCGGGACCCAAAAAGUAGGGACGAAGGUACAAAAAUGUUGAAGAGUUGGCGAAGGGUUUUAUUUCAUGUCACCCAUCCACAAGAUCUGAAGACAGAAGAGACCAUACGGCACAACGCACACCUCUUCGAAUAUGGAGUCAAGGAAGCGGAGCUCUUUCAGAACUUCAUUUUCCACGUCAACUAUGAGAAACUUAUCGUAGCAAACUGGCAGGAAAGAGGGGACGGUUUCGGUAUAAAUGAACCCUUUGGUGAGGAGGAUUUCGCACGCGAGAACAACGCAGGAAUAUCAGAUGACACAACUACCAAAAUGUUGGCGGACAUGGUGACGCAUGUAAAGGAGACAUACGAUACGCUUGUUGUCAGGAAACAGAAGUUGAUGAGGGAGAUGGACGAGGCCAGUGAUGGUGAUUAUGAAUAAAGACUUUUAUUGUACAUACAUAACAUGAGAGGAUAGACAUUGAUAACCUUCUAGCA